AUGUUAAGAGGUCAUCAUCCUGGGACCGGCAUUAAGCCCGCCUUGUCCUCUCCAGCCGGUCUGAACCUACAGCCUGUUCCUCCCUUCCUGAGUACAUCCUGCGAUAUAGUGAAAUAUAACCCGCGACGCGUAGCAGACACUUUAAACCUGGGGAUAUUUAGCCAAAAGCCAGUGCAGUCAGUCGCCACGCCGAAGAACAACCGAGAGGACUCCCACUUCUCAUUGGUGAGGCAGCCUCCAAAUGACGUCGAGAUGGCAUUAGGUGGGACACUUCUGCCAUCCAUAUCCACGUUUGCCAGCGGCCCAAACGUCAAGAGUAAAUCCGUAGGAAGUGCCAAUUUAAGAUGGAAAGAGGAAUUGUCCCACCUUAAGAGACCCAGUGUGCCAACCGGAAGCAACUGCCCUGACCCAGACCGUCCCACUGCCACCAGCGCCACAAGUGCCAGCAUGUCCAAGAAAGAUACAGAGCCAGACCUGGACUUAGACUACGACUUUAUUCUGUCUAAUUCAAUUCUUCAGCAGCAGCAGCAGCAGCAACAACAGCAGCAGCAGCAGCAGCAGGAUGAGGCCAUGGCAUGCAGCUCUGCUCAGACCUUGUCUCCUUCACCCGGCUCUUUCUCCUCAUCUUACCCUCUCCCCUCACCUCAGGGCACUGCCAGUGAGCUGCUUUAUACCAUCCCAGAUAUCAGUGAUGUUUCACCCUCAGGAGGCUUUGUGGCAGAGCUCAUGAGACCCGAACUGGACCCGGCAUACCUCCACCCAACCAGCCUUCAUGGCAAGUUUGUUGUCAAGACAACAGUGGACAUGGGAGAAUACUGCCAAGGCGUGAACAUAAGCAAGGCCUGUGUUAACGCCCCAUCAGACCCAGCUUCUUCACGUGCCUCACCGUCCUUUACCUGCCACAGGAUAAAGCAGGAGAACCCCAGUAACUGCACCAUCUCACAGCCCAUGGAUCUACACAUGGGCUCCCUCUGCCCUGGCGUAAAUUCCCAGGGCCAAGGGAGCCAGCAACAGCAGCGCCCCAGCCACUUGGAUCUACAUGGGUUCCCUGGUGGAGGACGGCCCAUGACGGGCGACAGGUUAUCCUCAUCCUCUUCCCUCUCCCCAGACCAUCCGCUGAGCCGGGAGCACCAGGUGCUGGGGCAUCCCCACACUCAGAUCCCUCUGCCUCCCCAGGGAUACCACCAUAGCUCCCCACAGGGCUUCACCUCCUACCCUCAGUCAUCAUCCAUGCAGUACCAAGAGUCCCUCAUGAUUUCUAGCGGAGACUGCUUGCCAGAGGAGCCAAAGCCUAAACGUGGUAGACGCUCCUGGCCUAGGAAGAGAGUCGCCACACACACGUGUGACUAUGUCGGCUGUGGGAAAACCUACACAAAGAGCUCCCACCUCAAAGCGCAUCACCGCACACACACAGGGGAGAAGCCUUACCACUGUGACUGGGAGGGCUGUGGUUGGAAGUUUGCACGUUCAGACGAGCUCACGCGCCACUACAGGAAACACACAGGGCACCGGCCAUUUCAGUGUCAGAAAUGUGACCGGGCCUUCUCGAGGUCAGACCACCUUGCUCUACAUAUGAAGAGACACUUAUGAGACCUGUUAGGAGGACCAGACUGGACGGCAAUGGAUGAAGGCUCCAAAAAAUGUUAGCUGAACCCUGAACAAACUUGAGCUACACUUUUUAAAACCAUAAUUUGCCUUCAGGCCAUUGUCAAGCAACAAGACAAGCUGUGGUGUUCAUGGCAAAAAGAGCAUUACUCUCUCAAGAGCCUAGAAUUUCUUUCAAGACUGAUCCCAUCUUUGCACACUGUGCAGGCAACUCGACGAGACCUCUCAGUCAGGGUUGCGAACUUUCAUGAAAGGGACCAAACUGGAAUUUGUCCUAUUUAACCGACAAAACUUGGAGGACCAGGUGCCAACAAUUUUAAACUGGAAAUGUAUGUUUGUCAGGGAAACAGGAGCAACAGGCAAACAUCUCCAGAGGCCUUCUAACAGCAAGACGCCAUUAAAGGCUCUGUUAACAACUACACACUGUUCAGAAUACUGUAUUAAUAAAUAUCUAUAUUUAUAUACACAUUUCACCUGCAAUGCCAUUAAUUUCAGGUACAAUGUUAAUUUAUACAGAAUGGUGCUCAGUGAGUCUGAAGAAAGUUCUUUUUAAAAGAAAAGGUACCAAAGAUUAAGGAAAACAUACCAAAUGGGUGAAAAGCAUGAAAAACUGCCACACGGUUGUUUGCGUGUUUCUCGGAAACCUCUCUUCCACAAUCAGACUUAAAUCAGGUGAGCACUUCACUUUUUAAAUGGUGAUGGCAAUCUUCAAUGCACUGCAGUAGCAAAGUGCAAUAAUUUAUGAGAUGUUCAUAUUUUUGUAUUGAAUGGAUAACUCUGAACAAAAAAUCUUUGUUUA